AUGGUUAAUCACAGUCUAGAUCAUGCAUCAGCCGAUGAAAACAACAGUGUAAAACAGGUUCGUCCUAACCCAAUCGAAGAGGUGGCUGUUGGUUGUAGCUCCAGCAACAUUAAAAGCAAAGAAAAUUUUGUUCUAGUUAGAGGCCUGAUUGCUGUCGGUUUGUCGGCAUACAGAGGUUUCUACGCAUCACUCACAGAAGUCUCCUUUGAAAUACAGAGAGUUCUUGAGCUUCUAGUUUACAGAUCAAUGCAAAGAUCCAGGCUGGGAGAGAUAGAUAUCAAUAUAUUCGCCUUUUAUUGCAAUUGGCCUAUAUGGGAGACAUGGUUAAUAGCUGGGCAUGCUCCUGCACAGCUAAAUGCUUAUAUUGCCAUUGAUGAUCACCAUGCGAACGAUCAAGUUCAAAAUGAGGAACCCAAGCCAAAUGGUACUAGCAAAUGCUCCGAUGGGCUUGAAGUGCCAGAAAUUGGUCCUCAAGGUGGACUUGAAAUUUCUGAUUUGUCUGGACAGAAAAGCAUCCUAAUGAACUCUACUCUGGAUAAAUCUCUUCUUGAUUCAGAUGAAAUUUUGAAUGACCAGAAUGUGACAAGCCGAUGCCCAAACUAA